UCAGAAAUAAACCCUUGUUGAUUUUCGCCGUUCUUGGUCUUAACUCUGUAUAAUUAAUAAUCAUCUGAAACAUACUGUACCUCUUCAUAUUACAAUUUCAUGUUCAUUUGUACUAGUUGAAAUAUAUGGUUACAAUGAGCCAUUUGCGGGGAAUCGCUUCGAUUUUAACACGAUUUUUAUCGUCGGUUCAACAAAAUAACGCCCAGCAGCAAAUACAACAGUUGUUAACUGGCAGAUUUCCUAAGGCAAGCGUCAAUGUUGUUGAUGUAUCUGGAGGUUGUGGUGCAAUGUUUGAAGUAUUUGUGGAAGAUAAGGAAUUUGAAGGCUUAUCCACUUUAAAACAGCAUAAAUUGAUAACACAAACGUUAAAAGAGCAAAUAAAAAAUAUGCACGGUGUCCGCAUUCAUACAUCAAUACCGAAAGCCAAAUAAUGCAACUAUAAAUUAAAUCUCUACGCCAUGAUUGAAGCAAACAAGUUGUUAUGUAGUUUUAAGCUGCUUUCAGGAACCUUAGUGAAUAAACGAGAAUCGAGCAGGGUGUACGAAAUAUAUUUGAAAAUAAUUUGUAUAGAAAUGUUAACAAGUUGAAAGCACAAUAAUUAUUAAAAUAAAUUGGUUCUCAAAUAUAAUUUUUUUUUAUAUUGGUACAACAUUGAUUUAAAAUUGGUGUCGGCUUAGCUCUGUUCCCUGGAAAACGGAAUCUACAUCGGAAAUUAUCUAAACUUUGCCCAUUGUUAAAGGGCACGCCUAGUGUGAAAUAUUGAAAAAAAAAAAUAUUGCGCUAGUUUAUAUUAUUAAAAAUAACAUACUAAAAUGUUAAUCCAUAUCACAAAUAGUUUUUGAGUUGCAGCCAUUUAAAGAGUAGCCUCUCGGUUCAAUCGUCUUUCCGACGAGUUUUAUGUAAUUGCUUAUCGCACUUGCAUCGCCCUGUUACGUUUUAUAACAGUAAAUAUUCCGCAUGGGGAACAAUCACAAAGCAUUUAUUGACGCUAAUUGUAUAUAUGUGGUGAAACAUAUUGCAUUUUUGCAUUUGUAAUUUUAAUCAAGUGAAGUAAUUUAGAAGAUUUGUAAAUAAACUAACUAUUGCAUAUAAAAGUUCAAGUUAAAAAGCAAUUUGUUAGUUUAAAAUUUGCCAUGUAAUGAAGUUGAGUGUAUUUAGUUAUUUUCGAUAUUCCUCGUGCUAGCGUUUGGUAUACAAUAGUCAAGUACCUACUUUGUUUAAAACUGACAAGAAAGAUUUAAUUAGCUUUCAAUAAUAGCAGUGCAAUAAACUUUAUUGUCGGUCAAGUAGGCUGGCCAGUCUCGUUUGAGACUCACGGUAUAUAAGAUUUUAAAAUAAUGCGAGAAUUUAAAGUGGUUGUGUUGGGUUCGGGCGGUGUCGGCAAGUCUGCCCUUACUGUUCAAUUCGUUUCCGGGUGCUUUAUUGAAAAGUACGAUCCCACCAUUGAAGACUUCUACCGAAAAGAAAUAGAGGUAGACAAUUCACCGUGCGUACUGGAAAUAUUAGAUACCGCUGGUACAGAACAGUUUGCAUCAAUGAGGGACUUAUAUAUAAAAAAUGGACAUGGAUUUAUUGUAAUGUAUUCGUUGACAAACCAUCAAACUUUUCAGGAUAUAUCAAGCAUGAAAAAUGUCAUAACAAGAGUUAAGGGAAGUCAACCGGCCCCAAUUUUACUAGUCGCAAAUAAAAUUGAUUUAGAUUGUCAAAGAGAAGUUUCUACUGAGGAAGGAAACGCUCUCGCUCGACAAUGGGACUGUCCGUUUAUUGAAGCAUCCGCAAAAGAUAGAAUAAACGUAAAUGAAGUGUUUGCAACUAUAGUACGUGAAAUGAAUAUGACACAGGAAAAACGCCAGAAAAAAAGUUACUGUUGUUGUACACUUUUAUAGAAAUAUUAAAAAACGUAUUAAUAUAAAAUUAGCUCAAAAGUGUACGAGUAAUUGUAUUAUUUUACUUUAAUAUAUUUUGCUCUUAACUCACACUGAUUUUCCAAGGCCAUGCAAAUAUACGUAUAUGAAGGUUAUUUGUAUUACAUUAACGAAAGACUGGAAAUUCUUUAAAAUAAUAUAAACCACUUAAAUAUCAACAGUGACUACCAGAGUCAUGAUUGGAAAAGAGUUGAAAAAGUGUAUGCGAAGAAUAGAAUCUAAAUUUGAUAAGAGAAUAAUAAAAUUUGAAAAUUAAGGGAAAUAAUUCAA